AUGCGCGGCGAAGUAUGCAUCGGUACCGCGUCCUUCCUCUCCUUCGCCGCGCUAAUGAUGUUAAUUUUCGUGCAUAUUGGUCAAAUCAACACGGCGAAGGUCCCGCGAGGCAUAUCCAUGGUGAAAGUGAACAUGUCCGGUUACGGCGAUGGCCUCGCUGUCGCGCUCGGUGACCCCAUCUUCGGCCUCUAUGCCGCCAAUGACACCAUUCCCCUUGAACGGCACCUCGGCCUCCGAGACGAGUACAGGUUCGGAUUGUACGGCUGGUGCGCUUCCGUGAGCGGCACGGGCCUGUGUUCGAACGUUUCCGCGGGCAACCGGUUUGAGCCAUUCACCGUGAUUCUCGCGGACAUGCCCUCCAACUACUCGUCGAUCACCACAUCUCUCCUCACACGAGGGACGUUCAUCGAUUCCGACUACCUCGGGUCGUUCACCAAUGGAGCCUAUUACCUCAUCCUCAUCGGCACGAUUGCGACUGCACUUACGUUCUUCACAGGGCUUCUCAAGCACACACUGCUCUUCCUUCUCUCUACUGCCUUCGCUCUAAUCAGUGUAGUGACGCUCCUCAUCGGAGCGGCCAUCUGGACCGUCAUAAUCAAGAAGGGCCAGGACAUCAACGGGUUCGUCGUGGGUCAAGCCAGCAAUCCUGCUUCCGUAGGCAUUACUGUCGAAACCGGAAACGCCCUCAUCCUUCUCUGGGCCGCCUGGGCCAGUGUACUUGUAUCCACGCUUCCUUACAUGAUCAGGCAACCAGACUCGGCCGCUCCCCUCCUCGCCGUCGCUACCGGCGUUCACGCUCUCCCAAAAGUUACGCGCAACGGAAGAUACCUUUACAACGAGGAUGGCAGCAGGUUUUUCGUCAAGGGCAUUGCAUACCAGGAGCAAGGCGUACUCUCCACCGACCCCAACAAUCCCUUCUCGGAGCCCUCGACCUUCAUUGACCCUCUCACCGACGCAAGCGCGUGCAACCGUGACAUACCCUUCUUGAAGCAACUCACUGUCAAUGCCGUCCGCAUUUACAGCGUCAAUUCGUCCCUCAACCACGACGACUGUAUGGCCGCCUUCAGCGCGGCUGGCAUCUACAUGAUCAUCGAUCUUGCUUUGCCCGGUGAAGGCUCGAUCGACCGGCUCCAGCCCGAAUGGACGACGGACCUCCUUAACCAGUACAUUAACACCAUCAACGUCUUCAACAAGUAUGACAACGUUCUGGCUUACAACAUCGGCAACGAGAUUAUCACGGACCCUGGCGAAGGGACUGGCGCUGCGCCGUUCAUCAAAGCUGCCGCUCGCGACACAAGGGCUUACCUCGACUCAAUCAAGUCAUCUGCACUCGUUGGAUACGCUGCCAUCGACGGCGCCGAUAACUGGGUCCUUCCCCUCGCCGAAUACCUUGCUUGCGACCCCUCGAACGGCAACUCUGGCUCCACGUCAAUUGACCUGUUCGGUCUGAACAACUAUGAGUUCUGCGGUGACGACUCGCCCUCAGUGUACAACGGCAAGAACGGAGAUUUCGCUGGUUACAACGUUCCCGCCUAUUUCUCCGAGUUUGGCUGUGUGUCGAACCCUCCGCGUCUCUGGACCGAGGUUGAGACCAUCUUCAGCCAGCCCAUGUCUAACGUUUGGUCCGGUGGCCUCGCGUUCAGCUACUUCCCCGCGACCAGUGGAGGCGGCUCGUUCGGAAUGGUUACUAUCGAUGGAUCAACGGUCACGACCAGUGAUGACUUCACUCGCCUCGUCUCUCAGUACGGCAAGGUUUCCUUCCCGACAGUUCCCUCCCAGAGCGACGCGGGUGCAACUCAGUACCCUAGCUGUCCGGCUACGAACGAUGCUUGGAUGGCGUCCAUUACCAUUCCGCCCACUCCCAACGACGCGUCUUGCAGUUGUCUCGAUAGUGUCCUCAGCUGCUUGUUCACGCCGCAAACGUCGAACGUUUCCGCUAUCGUCGGUUCGCUCCUCGACUUUACAUGUUCCCAACUCGGCCAGAACGGCGGCAACUGCAAUGACAUCUCCGGCAAUGGCACCUUGGGCACCUAUGGCCGUGUCGCAUUCUGUGAUCCUAGCACUAAGCUCUCGUUCGUCAUGAGCGAGUUCUACGAGAUCACGAACCGCGUCGCCACCUCGUGUGACUUCAGCGGAAACGCGACCGUCAACUCGAAGGCGCCCUCCUCCAUCCAGGACGCCAACGCCGCUGCGUCAUCCUGCCUUGCCAGCCCCUCCGCCGUCUUCACGCCGUCUGCACCCACGACGACCACCGGCGGCUCCAAGGCGACUGACUCUGGCAGUUCCCCCGGUAAAAGCGGCGCCGCUUCGCUCCUUGGUGCCCAGUCGACUGCCAUUGUCGGCGUUGCGGUCGCCUUCGCUUUCAGCGUUCUCGGCUCCGCGCUCGUCAUCGCGUGA